AUGACGCCGCCCGACUUUCUCUUCCGAGUGUCGCCGCUCAAGCUGCACGUGCGCACUGCCACGCAGACGCAUGGCGAACCUGCUGUCUACGAGCUCUUCUGUCGUCUAAACACCACGUGUGACCAGCAAGAGGCGCAGCAGGAGGGAGAGCCAGCAGCUGCCGCAGCAGUGCAAUGGAGUAUUUGGAAAACGUACGACGAGUUCCAGGCGUUUGAUAAUCAGAUGCGAGCCGUUCGCGAGUGUCUUUUUGCCAAGAUGAUGGUCACGGUCGUCUUUGCACCAGGCCAUCGCAUGCGCGCGUUUUUCCACCAGGAUCAUACGCCGAGUUUUCUCGAGAAACGACGCGCGGAGCUGGAUUUCUACAUGCAGCGCGUGAUGUUGUUUCCAAACGUGGCCGAGUUCUCGAAAAAGCGAGGAGGCUGCAAGGUGCUGGCCGACUUUAUCGGUGCGGAACAGCACAUUGACUGCAGUGGCUUGCUUGUUCCCAUGUCGCCAAAUAUGAACGUGUCGGGCGAUUUCUCUUCGUCCAUGGGAAUGCAGCGUGAUGAUUCAACGAACUCGGACAAUCGCGUGUCAUGUGCGAGUGGGGUGGGCACAGGUGAUAAGGUGAACUCGGUGCGAAAGAGGAGCAGGCUCGAGAUUGAGGAAGAGGUAGCUUUGCGUUGUGGAGACCACGAGCUGAAGCGGUUCAAGAAGCACGCACGUUUCUUUCGCAAAGAAAAUGAUCCGGUUGCGGCUGCAACCGCUUUUGUUGAGUUCUUGCUGAAGACGUUCGAUCCUGAAUUCGUAGGCUGGAUUGUGCAGCGCUUCGUGCGAUCACUGAGGAGUGCAGAAAAGCGCGAAGCGUUGCGUGCUGCUGUCAGCCUGUCCAUGGCAUCUACUGGUGUCGAUCGAAUGGAGGAGAGCCGGUCGCAGCGUCGGAAUUGUCGCACGAGCUCGCAAGAUGACGAAGGGGCUGAUCACGGAGUCGAGAAAUACGAUCAAAAACUGCAGGGGUUAUCCGACCGCCACCAAAACUCAGACGCGCGCGCGAGCGACCCUGCUAUCCAUGGACGGAUAUCACGCAAAAAAGCCAAUCGCCAAAUCCUAGAGCGAGUCAAUGCGCUCUCGAAUGGAGACGCGCUCACUGUGGACAAAUUCAAGCAAGCGGCCAAGGCGCUUGGAAACCAAGGGAUGAGCGGUCAAGCAUUUGCAGAUUUUCUGCGCUUGACGUAUGGCAAACAAGAGGCUGAAAAGUUACUUCUCCUGGUCGUUGAGGUAAUUCCGCAACCGUUGGUGCAGCAAGAGCUACGGGUGGCUUUGGUGCGGUAA